AAAUUUAAUUUGCUAUUGUCUAUUAUUGCUGAUAUACUUAAUGAUUAAUUAAUUUUUAUUUGAAUGUAUUCACACUUAUAUAGAUUUUUAUAAGACAUUGAUUUAUCAGUUCUUUUAAUUAAAUUAAAACAAAAUAUUGAAUUUCAAGAUAGUCCUUAAAAAGUAUAGUUUUUUACAGGAAACAAAUUUAUUAACUAUCGGUAAAUAAUUUUAGUACAAUAAUCUAGAUAUUUCUUUUCGAAACUUCGUCGAUAAAAUAGAACAGUCACCAUAUAUCUACAUAUAUAGCUGAUCUUCAUACAAAAAUAUUUUAUAUAUUUGAAUAUGUAGAUGUAUGUAUUAUUAGUAACUUAACCUAUAUAAUAAUUAUAAUCCUACAUUAUAUAAAUUAUAAAAUAAAAAAGAUCAAUUUUGCGUUAAAGAUUUAUGAUGUUAUGAUUUAAUGCAAAAUAGAAUACAAUACUGUAUAUAGUUAAUUUCAAGAAGAUAUAAAAAUGUCAAAUUUGAAUAAUUAUUACUAUGCUCAAUAUGCAUCAAUAUCUGAAAGUGAGCCUAAUUAUGAUUCUGAUAAUCCAGAGGUUUUGGAAGCUCUCAAAAACUCUCCAACUCAUACUCAAUUUAUUAAUAUCAUUGAAAAAAGAAAAAAAAAAGAAUUAUUGUACAAACAUUGGAAAAAUACAAUUCAUCAUGAUUCAAUUAUAGAAUUAAAAAGUCAAAUCGAAAAAGAAUGCGGUAUGAGAGUUCGAUUAAGAGGAAGAGUUGUAACUUAUGUUUAUAAGCCUGAAUUAGAUAAUGAUGGAAAAUAUUUUCGAUUUAAAUUUGUUUAUCGUUAUAGUAAAAUAUUACAUAAAUGGUAUUUUUCCUUGGGUUAUAGUUUUUUACCUGAUGUAUUAGAAAUCAAAAAUAUAUUAAAACGCAAUGUAUACAAUCCGAUUGGUCCUAAAAUAAUUAAGAUCAUGAAAAAAAUCAGAGAAAUUAUAGAUGCCUUUAUAGAAUCAUAUUUGUAUAUUUUUCAAAUUAUUGAUUAUGCAGAAAAGAAAUAUCCAGAUAUUGCAUUUCAAGUAAAUCGAAAUCACACAAAUUUAAAAAUGUUGCUAAUGGAGAAGACAUGGCCAAAGAGCAUAAAGAAGAUAAAUGCAACGGAUAUAAUUAUUGUCACUUUUAAAUUUGAUAAAAAUCUUGAGAUUAACAUUAUUGAUUUUGAAUAUCUAUUCAAUGAGAAUAAAUUAGUGUCUGAAGAUAUUAAAAAAAUGUAUUUAAAUUUAUUGUGGAAUAAGUUGGAAAUUUUUAUAAAAUUACCUUUCUAUGAAGCAUUUACACAUUUCAUGGAUGAAUAAAUCCAUAAUUAUGAAGAAAAUAUUUUCUUAUUCUUCUAUCAAUUUUGUUUUAUUACUUGAAUACAUAAACAUAUAUUUGCAAUUAAGAUAAAUAAGAGUGGAUUUAUUAUCUAUUUAGUUUAUCCAUUUCAUUAAGUUUACAAUUUAAUUUUGUAUUAUUUUUGGUAUUUGAUGUUCUGCGAUUAAUUGUUAUAUAUUACUUAAGAUUUUUUUGAAAGAUAAACAUUCAUUAUAUAUAACAAACAUAUAUUUCAUUCUAAUCGUAAUACUUAAUUGUUAAUGAGUAUCCAAGAUUAUUAAAUAAGCUAUAUUAAAUUUUACAACUGACUUCAUUUUAUUUUUGUUUCAUAAGUUUUGCAAAGUUUAAAUCAACGUCCUGGACAA